UUGGGGAAAAGAAAAUGGCGCCUGUCUCGGUUGUUUCUACCGAAGUGAAAGCGUGGUGUAUUCAAGAACUGUUGAAAAUAACAGACGCUGAUGACGAUGUGACGGGCUACAUCUUGUCCCUGAAUACCGCGAGUGAGCUAGAAACGUAUCUGCGAAGUUUUCUUGACCCAAAAAAUCGCGAGCAUCGCCAAAUUUUGGUGGAAUUUUCUGAUCUAGUAGCUGGCAUUGAAAAUUCUUCUUAUGCCGAUUCAUAUUCUCAGAAAUGUUCAGGUAAUUUUGGUGGUGGUUUGACGGACCCACUUAUCAAUUCAGGGAAAGAAACAAAGAAAAAGAACGCAAAAUUUGUGCCGCUUUAUAGCGCUGAGGGACAAGCACGAAGCUCCGUACGCUUGCCCGGCAGGCAUCCUUGUGAAUGUUUGGGCCAAAAGCACAGCUUGGUGAAUAACUGCAUAGAGUGUGGACGGAUUGUUUGCAUGCAGGAAGGCUCAGGUCCCUGCUUCUUCUGUGGAGCUUUAGUUUGUACCAAAGAGGAACAAGAAAUCUUGGCGAGAAAUUCCAAAAAGAGUCAAAAACUAUAUCAGAAGCUACUGACGCAAACCAUAGAAAGUGACACAGGAGCAAAAGCAGAGACAUCAACAGCAGACGAAGGUCUUCAAAAGGCUAUUGCUCAUAAAAACAGGCUUAUAGAGUAUGACAAGAGUGGUGUGCGUCGCACGAAGGUGAUUGACGAUGAAUGCGACUACUUUGCAAGUGACACUAACAGGUGGCUGUCCAAAAAGGAAAGAGAUGCUUUGAAGAAGAAAGAAGAUGAGCUAAGGGAGAAACGACAUGGCUCACGUAGGGAGAUGAAGGUGACACUUGACUUUGCUGGCCGAAAAGUCAUUGAUGAGGGUGAAACGGAGGUUGAUUAUGGUGUUAAUUCUGAUGCUGCUGUCCUUGCUUCUGGUUUUUAUAGUUCAGAUAAAAACUCUGAACAACAAAGUGUUGCCAAUCCUGAUUUUCCAAAUGUCACGUCAUUAAAAUUUGUUUCUACUUCUAAGGGAGGUAGCAAACUACAAAAUGUUAAGGGUUUGGCAGAGAAACAGCAGGGAAGAGAAGUUCUACGUAUCCAAGAUAAAGAAUUUCAGGAGAUGAGUGAUACUGGUGCAUGUCUGAGCAUGCAUCAACCUUGGGCCUCACUGCUUGUGCUAGGAAUCAAGAGAGUUGAAGGCCGCACAUGGUACACACCCCACCGUGGACGUUUGUGGAUUGCUGCAGCUGCCAAGCAGCCGACUGAGCAGGAUAUUGCAGCUGUCGAAGGCAUGUAUAGAGCUUUGUAUGGAGAUGGAAAUGUGGCAUUUCCAAAACAGUAUCCUAUAUCAUGUCUGCUGGGUUGUGUAGAUCUUGCUGACUGUCUUGCCCAGGAAGAUUACAAAGAAGAGUUCCCAGAAGGAGAGUCAGAAUCUCCUUAUGUCUUUGUUUGUGAAAAUCCACAGCAGCUGGCACUGAAAUUUCCAGUGAAAGGACAGCAUAAAAUAUGGAAACUUGAUCCUGCAAUCCACAAGGCUGCUAAAGGAGGGCUCAGGAAAGCAGCUUAAAGAAGCAUCUCUAAUUAAUCAAUACUAACUUAUUCCAUGGCCAUGUCAUGGUCAUAGUCCUGCCUUAAACUAUAAGCAAGUAAAAAUCUAGUUGGAGAAAUGAGAGGGGCAGUUAGCAUAAGUUGUGUGUUUGAACCAACUUGGUAGCCUCUCCAAGGCAGUGGCAGCAAUUUUUAAUUGCUUUGGUUAAAAACAUUAAUACCUUGCUUAGGAUCAAACAUUUACUUGAAAUCUUUGAGGUAAAAUAGAAUAAUUUAUAUUAAACAUCCAUAAUGUAUGUCUUAGAUUUGGCUCUUGUAAUGUUCAACAUCUGAAUCAAAGUCAAUGCUGUUCUAUUCCACUGGCAUAGUAGAAUAGAACAGCAAGGUCGACCUAAAAUAAUAAUGAAUACUAAUCAGUACUGUGUGGGUUGAAACUGAUUCAGGCUUCAAACUUUACAUGAACCUAACGUGUAAUAGCAACAAAUUAGGUUUGGCACAUGUAAAUUUUGAACUGGGCCUUAUGCUAUCCAAAAGAUCUGAUAGAUAAAUAAACUGAAUAGCCUCUAUUUGGUGCAAAAAUGUGCUCAGAUAUUUGUCUGCAGACAUUAUCUGUU